UCUCUUCAUGUCUUAAAUGUGUCUGUAUAUCUUUCUACGAAUAGCUAGUGCAUGUUCGGUCGGUAAAAUUCAACGUCGACUUCAAGGUAAGUUUGUUCUUAUUUUCAAAUUUAUCAUGCAAAAUUCGAACUUAUUUGUUGCUGGACGUAUUCAUCAAGAUCACGAAAUAUUUAGUGACAUUUCCACGGGGAGACAAUUCUCUUUUGUGAGGUUUUCCGCGUCGUUACGUGCUCAGAGCAGGGGCACCCAACGAGAAUAUGGUUCAAAACCACUUUAACAUAGUAUUGUUGAACAUAUUGUAGUAUGUAAAAGGUAGAUAUAGGCAUAUUUUUAUGCCCUAAAAAUUUUUCAUCUGUUCGGAUUUCCUAGCUGAAAGUCUAGUGAUCCGACAAUUACAUGGAUCAAAACUUAUCUUUUCGAAAAUUUCAGCCAGAUAAAAGGUUCCCGAAAAUUCUAGCUGACCUUUUUAAGCUAAAAAUCCCUUAAAAAUGGGCAAUUAUAACAAUUUUUAGAUGUUCGAAAAUCCUAGGAGAGGCAGGCAAGCAAGAAAUUUUACACCAAAUGUUCCGAAAAUUCUAGAUCUCAAGUCGUCUUCCGAACAGAUGUUUUCCGAAAAUUGACUUUGGGUGCCCGUGUCAGAGUUUGUCGAUUGAAAACUCGCCGCUUCGAUCGUAGAUGAGAUGUUCUCAGCCUAUUUUAUCACUAAGUAAUCUUAAUUCCUGUGAAGGCUUGCUGUUAUUGCCAUUUUAUAUUAAAAAAGUCUCAAAAUAGCAAGUAACAUAACAUCUGGUUUUCACAGACAGUACGUCAUCAAAAUUCAAACUCAAGAAACAUCAAUUUUUCUAAUUUUUUUAAAAAUUAUUUUACAAUUUUCAUCUCUGUUUUUUAUUUUUUUAUUAGAGCUGAAACUAAUGUGAUUUCAUUGUCAUUGUCAAGUGAUGUUUAUUCGAUUGCCCAAAAAAUAAUUUCAUAACUAGGGGUUCCUUCCGGCAAGUGCCAACGAGGCGAAUUCGUUUAUUUUUUGUGAAAUGUGCCUAUUCAGAUCUUGGCGAUAUUUUUUUCCAUAAUUUUAGAGGUUUAAAUGGAUUCCACUAUAGAAAAGGAUGGCACUCAGCUGUUAAAAAAUGAAAAUGGAAGCGAUGAAAAAUGUUCGCAGUGCGCAUGUUUUUGACUUAAAAUUAUCAAAGGAAUUUUAUUUGGUGUUUGGGAUUUAUUAUAAAAUUCAUUCCAUUCGGAACUUAUCUAUAGGUGAAGGAAAAUAUCAUUUAAAAAAACAAUUUGACUUAUUUUACUUGGUGUUCAACUCCUACGCAUCAGCACUGAUCAAACGACAUCCUCUCUCGAAAUGAGAAAUGAUUUCUGUUGAUUCAUUCUCCUUGGUUUUGUUGAAGGAGAAAGUUGAUCGAAGAGUUACGUUAGCCACUUGUGGCAUUUGCUACGAUAUAUGUCUGUAGAUGAGUUGUUGUAAGCGUUCUUGUUGAUUGGUUUGAGUAAGCUACUUCACUACUAGUAGGUUUGGUUCCUAAGUUAGUUGAUGAUCGAUAGAAAGUUUCUCCUGACAUGAAUUCGGUGCAAAGGAGAUGUACCAAUUUGGUGCAUCUCCGCGGUAACACUUCUGUUCAUGAAAUAUGUUUAAUUAGAGCCUUUGGCAGAUGACAAAGCCUUGUUUAUAUUAGGUAUUUUGUCCAAUUUAACAUUUUUGGCCUUAAUCUGGUGUCCCUUCGAUAUUUACCAGGAAAUGACUACCCUGCUAGUUUUUAACAGUUUUAAGCGUGUUUCUUUGAGUUUUUAACCGAAUUCUUGGCAGUGGAUAACUUUAAACUGAGCUGUCUUAUUUCCGCCAAUCAGCACGAAGCGGAAAAGGGCAAUGAUAUCAUUACUAAUGUCAUCUGAGGCUUAAGUGUUUAUAUAGGUGUUUUUGUAGUUAAACAGCUAUUGUUCUAAAUUCUUCCUUGUAUUUUGAACUGCAUUUUUAAUUUACCCUUUGAGUUUGCGAUCACGCUCGUGGUUAAUUUAUGGAAAAAUUUUAGCCAAUCAUCUUCGAUAAAGAAGCUUAAUCAGGAGCCCGUAAUGGGCUCCUGGCUUAAUAAAUUCUGUAAAUUGACAACCAUCUUAGAUUUUCAAACUGCAAUUUUAGUACCUUCCUAUCUGAAAAGUCUGUUUACUAGUAUAUGCCUUGUAGUUUUUGCGAACCCCUAAUUUGUGUUGGGUGUUCUGUGCAUUAUUGGGUGUUCUGUGCAAUUAAUAAGGGAGGUUUUUUUGAGAUUGCAUUUUCGUCGUCGUCGUCGACACACAUUUGCCUCGCUUUGAGGCGCUUACUUAAGUUUUGCUCAUUUUGACGCGCAAACUCAUGCGGUGAUUCUUGUGUCCUCGCUCCUCGGCAUUCAUCUUGCAAAGGUUUGCGGAGGUCUGAUAUUCUGCCUUCGUAAGGCAUUCAUCUUUUAAAAAGUUUGCUGAAUCUUGGUGAAGCGUACAUCGAUCUGUGUUUGCUGAAUCGUCCAAAGCCGUCAUCUUUCAGAAGUUUGCUGUUAAAUUUUACUUUGGAUUAAGCCUUCAUAUUUUUCAGCAUGGUUCGUCACUGUCUUUGGAAAAUGUCUGCGACUCCUGGCGCAUGCAUCAAACCGGGUUUAGUUCGGCGGCCAUUGUGCCACAAAGUAAAUUUACCGAGUUGUGUAGAUUUACUUUGUGACACAACGGCCGCCGAGCUGGCUACAUUUGCAACCUAUCUGCACUUAACUACCGAGUUGUGUAGCUCGGCAGCCGUUGUGCCACAAAGUAUAUCAACCGAGAUGUGAAGCUCGGCGGCGCCAUUUGAUCAUGACUUGUGAUAUUUUCGGCACCGGACGAACGAACACUUUAACUCUAUGUUAUUUAUUAGGAAAAAGUUAUAAACCAGCCCACAGUAGCGCCACUCUCGCGUCACUGAAAUCAACACGCUCGACCAAAUUACUGGAAAAGUUAUUGACGCGAGCCGCACACACGUUCCAUUGAAGGCUUUGAUAAGGUUAGUGCGAAGUUAAAAUUCAGAUGUGAAAGCUUUUUAAACAAUAAAUUCAAUGUAAUUCAUUUUGUCAACAAGUUGAUGACUGGCUGCUCUUAAAAAUAACAGAGAAAAUUUUCCGAAGAAAUGUUUUUUUCAAAGAGGAAAAAGAAUCCCAGGUUAAGAACUAAUCGGCCUUUGAGAAACCGCGCCCUGUAACUCGCGCCAGUAAAACAAAAUGUUCCAUUUACACGCACUGUGGCCAAUGUCUCCUCCGAUUACAAGCUCUUGAUACCGAACCAUACGAUAUCUUUUGAAAACGUUGUUAUAAUGAUACACAGUUUAAAUAGAGGUUUCGCUGUACGCAACCCUUACGUUCAAAAUAUGCCAUAAUCAUAUUUAUCCAUAUCGUAACUACCCUUCCGCCUCAACUGCUACCUGUAUGCCUAACAAACAUAUUGAACGCACUCUCCUAAGCUCCGAUUACUCCUAGUUAUAUUGUUCUCCUAGUUUUAUAUUGUCCAGUUAACUUAAGCUUAAUAGCGAAAACUUCGGUUGAAGAGUCAUUUCGACAAAGCAAUUAUGUCGACGAUUUCACGCUAAUAAGGGUAAUGGAUUCAUGAUAACCGUCAGAAAUAUAGAGACAUUCCAUAUCCAAUUAGCCCACUACGGUUUCCGUAGUUGCUGUAAUUGCUGUAGUUGGGGUAGUUAGUGCAGUUCGUGUAGUUAGCGUACACACUAACUACAGCAACUACAAAUACGUACUAAACCAACUACAGCAACUACACCAACUAUACGUGCUACACUCACUACAGUAACUACUCCAACUACACGAACUACAGCAACUACAGUGACUAAAUGAACAACACUAACUACACCAACUACAUCAACUACACUAAUUACACUAACUACACCAAACAUUAACUUAUCAUACUACACCUAGUCAUGAACUUUGUUCUACUAUGCUAAAUACAUCUCUAUAUUCGUGACGGUUAUCAUGAACCCAUUACCCUAAUGAGACUGUUUAACCAAUCGGAUCAGACUUACGUCAGCAUUCGGUUUGCACUAAGCAGCUGGUUUCCUGGCUGAUAUAAAAAUGGGUGUUACAGAGACACUGUACUGCAGAGAAUUGUAAAAUAGAAGUUGGGCUAACUGCGUGACAUUGGACUAAAGAAUAAAAAGGAGUCAAUUGAAAAAAGUAAUCGUCUGUUUGUUGUGAGAACCAGCUAGUUCCCCAGAAAGGUUCUUCAACACAACUUCAAAACAACAACUUUGGCACAUUGUAGGCUUUCACUUUUUAAUUAUUAAGACCCUGUUUACAUGGAGUGGGGGACCCCGGUCUAGUGGGGUAAGUUUCUUUUGUUUUGUGUCCUCCAGAGCGUGAAAACAAAAGAAACCAACCCCACUAGACCGGGGUCCCCCACUCCAUGUAAACAGGCCCUAAGAAACGGUCCAGGUAAGAACGAUAGCAACAACGACAACGAACAUGUUGGAAUGCAAAAAAGAUGCUAACUUUUCUAUUGUCUGUACUUACUUCUGAUUGGCUUAAACGGCAAAAGUUCAUAAAGCAGUACAUAUAUUCAUCCUUACUUUCCAACCAUCUUCCAUAUAACAAAAUCUGCUCUCAGUUUGAAUAACAAAGAAAUCAUAUGUAGGAACAUGUAAAAUUGUAGACUUUUCUUGGCUAUUGUUUUCAACUCUCGUGAUUGGUCAAAAUCUUUCAACACAAAAAAACACCCUUUCAAAGUGGAGUGUAAAUGCAUUUUAUUGCGUAAACGGCCUUCAUGUAGCUUUCUGCAUUCUCUGUGUAAAAAUGAGAACAUUCCUAUGUGGGGAAAGCACCGUUGCCGCAUAACAAAAGAAAUGGCUAUCCACCUUACCGGGAUCAUUACUUAAGCAAUAACAACAUGGCUUGAAGCUUUGUUGGUAAAUAUGAACAAGUUAGUACUUAUGUUUCAUGGAAAAUUCAGUUGUAUCAGAACUAUAAACGUUAAAAAGAAAAAGAUAGAUAAAAUAAGGCCUUUGACUGCUGAAAUUAUAAAAAAUAAUUAAAUCGCGAGCAACAGCGUCAUCAGGGAUAAGAAAAAUGUUUCGCGUGGUAAUAUAGGUAAAAAAUUUGUGUUAAGUAAAAUGUGUGAAAAGGGCAAGAAUGGGGCGGAAUCUAUAAAAAGGUAUAAAAAUAUAAACUUGAAUAAAAUAGAAAGAUCCAAUGAGCGAGUGUCACAAGACAAAGAGUCUCUUGAAAAGCAUAAUGAUAGUCUUCAAAACAAAAGGUUGCAAAUUCGUUGCAUUCCACACGGGAGUUUUGAGCUGUCUCAGUGUAAAUCGAGCAGCAAAAAACAUGCCGAAUGACAAAAUCUCUAGAAUAAAUUCUAAAAUAAAAGGUCCGGAAAUACAUUGCAUUCCUCACGGGAGGUGAGGACUGGCUCAAUGUAAAUCGACCUGCGAAGAACACGCUGGUUGUGAUAAAAGUUUUGAGAAUAUAACCCUAUGCCUUGAACAACUACCGCUUAAAAUAUAAUUCACAAAGGAAAAGAGAACACUGAAAACCCUGGUUCUGAGUCGAGAAGCGAACAUGCUACCUUAAUGUAAAUCGAGCUGCAAAGAACAAGCUGGUUCUGACAAAAAUUUGAGCGGAAAACCCUAUUUUUUAAAGCUGCUGCUUUAAACGCAAUUUAUAAAGCAAACCAGAGCACUAAUUGCCCUUUCAAACUAGAAAUCGUAGCUUGCUCACCUGUUAGGUCCUCUUGAACAGACAACGAACAGCUGCACCCUGAAUAACCCAAUUUCGGACCACGAGUUGUAAAUACAAGACCAUGACGUCACCACCUAAAUAUGGGGUUCGCUUACUUACACCCAAAUAUGGUCGAAAUGCAAGUUUUAGAGGGUUACGCAGAAUUUGAGAGUUUUUGCCUACAUUGCGCGGCGUUAUAAUUCUGCCGCCGAGUCAACCUCGCUUCUGAGCUCAGUUGCUUCGUUGGCAAUUAAGUUUGUCUAUGUGUAAUACAUGUGUAAUAAUGGCUUUACAAUAAAGAUCAAUUUGUUUAACAUUUUCUCAUUGAGGCAGACUUAUUAUCCGUGUGACGCGAAACAUCCGGCCAACGGAUAACCCGUCCUGAGACCGAUAAGGCUGAUUUAGCAACAGAACGGGAACGUCAGUUGACGACGGCGCGCGCAAAUCAAACAACUGGCCUGACCAAUGACAGAGCGGCAAAUUGAGCACCGGAAGUCGUGUUUAGUCCUUUCUACGCGCUUUCCCGUCGUCAACUGACGUUCCCGUCCUGUUGCUAAAUCAGUGGGGACCUUAAGCAACGACGACGACGGACGGCAGUGAAAACGCCGCUAAAAAAUUGAAUUUGCGUUCUUUCAAACUUAAUUGCGUCUAUUUGGACAUGCUCAAAAUGUAAAAUGCAGGCGACUUUUCCUGGAGUUGAAUUCUUAAGAUUUUAUUCAAUUUCAAAAAGAGGAAGGAAAAUUCGUCGUCGUCUGUCCACGUCCUCCAUAAAACGUCAAGUUAUGAGGUUUCAGGUCGUAGUCGUGCAGUGGACGUCAAAGAAAUGUACUAAAAAGUGUGAUGUACCUGCAGAGCUGUUGUUUUGAUCAUUACACCUAUUGUUUUUCGAAGUUGUCGACGUCGUCGUUGUAUUUGCUUAACCUCCCUAAUCUAUCUCUAGUGUGAAAACGGCAAUUGUCAGACUGAGAACUGGUGAAAAUUUCAACGAUUUAUGGAAAGACGCUCCCAUCAUGACAUGAUCUACGAUCAAAAUCUGCAAUUAAAAUUAAAUUCACAAGCGUAUCCCUGGAUGGUUAAUACUCAAGCCAAACCCAGACAACGUUUACAGUGGAGACUGUUCCUCUUUUUGGGUCCAUCAGUAACUGUUAUUUUCUGUUGUUUAGAAAUCACAAUUAAAGAAUCCUUCCGCGAGAGGGAAGUUUGUUAUAAUAGGAAGAAAUUAAAAAAGAAUGAAAUCAACUUUAUUUUUCAUCAAAAUAGUAUCAGUAUAUGUAACCUUUGAAGGUUAUAGAUAUAAACUGUUUGCGUUUGGGCUCCCUCUGCUCUUUCAUUAAAAGGUUGUCGAUUCGAAAUUACACUGAACCCUUCGUUAUGAUGUUGAAUAUAGUACGUCAUCAGUUUUCUCGAUGACAUCUUUUACCACUAAGAUUAUUUAAAGAUGGAAUCCAUCACGAAAUUGAGUAAUUUUCAUUUUCAGAGGACGAAACCCUUAUACCAGAAUAUUUUAAGCCUUAUUUUUAAAUAAGCUCGGAUUCCUUUGUUCGUUUCGAGGGGAAUAUAUUACAUAACCCCCGAGUCAACUGUCCGAAAAGCUGAGUGCAGCUUUGAUUGUUUGAAGGGAAGAGGGGGGCUAAUGAACACCUAAUUAAAAUGCGAGGGGAUUAAUUUAUUUACUCCGAGGAGACCUGGGAACAAGGUUGUCAGUCACGAGUUUAAAUAUGCACGUCAUCAAAGGCUUAGGCCGGCUCAGAAAUUCACAGCAGGCUUUGGUCGAGGCUUUAAAGGGGGCUAUGUCACGAAACUGCGCAUGCUUGGCAACAACGAGUCAACUUGAAAAGAUUUGCCUAACUUUUUCAAGUUUCGCGGGACAAUCUACUUAGCGAAUUUAUCGCCUUGAAUCUUGGCCAUCCACGAAUAGUUUUCGCUCUCGACGGUUUUGUAAUAUUAAAUAGUCUUUCUGCUUUCGUCUUAGUGGGUUUUUGUUCAGUGGAUCCGACAAUUACGCUCUAAUUUCGAUUAGAUCUGUGAGCAGCGAUGUCCACUCUCACGGCUAUUUGCUGUCCUCGAGGUUAGGCUAACUCAAUGUUACAUUUUUUAUUUCUGCUUAAUAAAAUUCUCUCUAAAGAUUCCCCCUCUUGGAACAGUUAAGAAAGGAUCAGAAAACAUUUUUAUCUGUUGACUUAGGCCUAGGCUAAACGUCGAACUUUUCAUGAGACGAACCAAACUUAGUGAGUUAGGUUCAUGAUAACUUCGACCUCUGGCUCAGUUAAGUUCGUCUGAUCGAGUUUGGAUCGUCCAACACGUUCUAUCCGUCUGCUUAUGUCUGAGGAUCGUCUCCGGGACAAACGUCGAGCUUCCCAUGCGACGAACGUCUCUAACAAAUAAAAAUUUAAAAUUUGUUUGAUAAUGUGUAUUUAGCCCCUUUAAAAUUGUUUUUUGGUCUGAAUUCUGUUGAUUGGUUCGAAGUGUCCUAAGUUCAACCUGACCCCUCCGUUUUGGCAAAACACCUAUUCUGUAACAAAGCGUCUUUUCUUCCAUAGGUUUAGGUAAGAUUUCCGUAUAACUCCAUACAUUUAUUAUGCAUGCAGCAAUUUUAUACUUUUUCUCACAAAGAGUUUAAUAUGAAAAGAGUCGAAACAUGUAUGCAUAAUAAAUGUGUGGGGUUAUACGGAACAGUUGAAAUAAUUCCAAAAAAUGUUGAAAGAGCGGAAGGUCAUUAUUCAUUGUGGUUUCAGAUCCUUAUUAUUGAUGGCUUGGCGUGUAUGUAUUUUCCUUAAGCCUCGGCUAAAUAAUCAAACAUUUUGUUGUAAUUCGCUACGUUAAAUGCGAGAGGUAACUGGGCCGAUUUAAAGUCUUCUGGGAUCGUUACAGGAGAGGCGCCAUUUAGCUUUAAUGGUUGUAACUAGAAUGGAUAUCCCAAAAUCAGGUUGUCAUUUUUACUCAAAGUACGUGAUAGGAGUCAAAGGAUAAGAAAGAAAACGGAAGAAAACAGUGGGUAGUAUGUAGUCCGAGCCCGCAUCAUUUGAUGUAUAAUCCACAUUCAGGGUAUUCUUCAAUUCCAUCAAGGGCUAACUGCCGACACCGGCUAAUUUUAACGUACUUUACAUGGCAUUGAUUAUCACAUUAUUGAAAGCUAACCGUUUUUAAAAGAGUGCUUAGCCCUAAUCACUGUAGUUUGGUGCUAAACCCUGUAUUACACUCUUUUCCUUGCACAACUGUCUCUUAUUCUGAUUUCCCCACUUUUCUCAAAAAUGUGUCCAAUAAAUUUGCAUAAAUGGCUCUCUACGACGAGUAUAGCGUUGUGUAAUAAACAUAAGGUGUCCAACCUGAUUUUACUGUAUCCAUUCUAGUCACAACCAUUCAGCUAUUGGUCAAUUUCUUUGCCCUGCCCCAAGUAACAUUCCCAGAAGUCUUUGCAAAAGUUAACUCGGCCUUCUCCUUUGUAAAGUGGCGAAUAGCAUGGUUUACUUUAGCCUGCGUGCAGACGAUAACUAAACUCUGAUUAGUACCGUCUGCGAAGCAGCGCAGAGAUCCUUGUUCUGGACCCCCAACGGACUCAACGAAUUACCGGAAGUGCGUUUCGAAUUCCCCUUCAACCUGAUUGGCGAUCACGACAAACAAAACAAAGGCCUUUUUUAACUGGCCAAUCGUGGCGCGUACUCAAAUCUGGGUACACAGCCGGAAGUCCAGAACAAGGAUUUCGGCGCUGUUUCGCAGACGGAGUUAACCAGAGUUUAAUUUCGUCUGCGCGCAGGCUAGGUUUACUUUUGAGCCGUAUCUCUCAACAUAGCCAGACAGCUUUAGAUUUGAGGAUGGCAACGGGUAAGAGUACGAGAUUUAACUUAAGGUUUUUGCGCGUGUUCUAAAACAAGAAAGCUCCCGAAAGCAAAAUGAUAAAACUUCUCACAUUUUAUAGCUUGUUCCCGCCACCACGACAUUCUCGCUAAAACUCGUAGUAGAAUGACGACGGCUAUCACGUUUUCCCGCCAAAAUGACGCAGGUUCACGCGUGAGCAUCUUGUACUCGUAGUCGUCCUCGAGGAGUCUAAAGCUCUCUAUAAGUCAUGGCUUUCAUAAAUCAAAAAAUGCUUGAUUUCUUUAGAUAAUGAUAUUUUUUACAUCCGACGUCUCAGUAGGUUGGUCUCAAGUUCAGCGACAACUUGUUGAAGACAUUUCUUUUAUCGUGUACACAUUUUGGAGUUAAAAGACUCGAUGAGCAUGUUAGCCAGUUUGAUCAGAGACACUCUUUUUUUUAGAAGAAUAUUGUUUUUCCCUCCCAAGCUGAAUAUUCUUAUUUUUCUGUCGUUUUUAGACUGAAAGUAUUCUUGUAUUGUCCUUGAUUAUAGCUUAUAACAUUUCCGUUUUAGAACGGCGUAUUUAGGGAACCAGCAAUGACAGUCAGUGCAAUUUUUUUUGUUUUGUUGGCUAGUUUUUUUCGUUUCUUGUAUUUACGGAUUUUUAACACACAACAUUAUAUCCUCUUCAAAAUGUCAGCCUCGGGUUUAUUCUUAAAAUAUCUUAAAAUUCGCAAAUUUGAGACGCGAUAUUCUAUUAAAUAAAAGUGUGCAAUUAGGGACGGAAAUAGUUUUAUAACCCACUAAUAUUACGAAGAGAAUACUGAUCACUCGGCCUUUUAGAAUCAAAGGGUUAAUGCCUACCGUCAUAUGCAAAACUUACGGGUUUUCUUGGUUCUAAGAAGAGCUAAUUAACGAUGGUUUCUUCUAUAUGAUUUAUACUUAAAAGCGAUAACUUCUUUAUUUUCUUUGGAAAAGGAAAGUGGCAGCGCCUUAUAACGUCAUAACGUUUUAAAAUGAUGUUUAGGUAAGUUGUUUUCCAUUUCAGUAAAAGCGAACAACUGAAUAUCACCAACAUAUUUCUGGAGUUCAGUGGAAGACUCGACGAACACGUACCAAUUUUGAGCAAUGUUCACUCUUUUGUCAGAAGACCCAUCUUUUAAGAAACAGGCUCGUCCAGGGCUCUGAAUUCGGCAAAACAAGUUUCCUUUAAAUCAGGUAUAAGGCAUCUUUCAACUCAAUUUCUUCAUACUUUCGAAAGUACAAGGAUUAAUACAGUAUGCUUCGUUUCUGGGCUAUAUAAACAUUUUCCGCGCUACAAUACAAUGCAAUUUAAUUACUACAUUGCUAUAUUUAUUUAUUUUUACAGUUUCAUUGCAAAGUAUCUUUGGAUAAAGGUAAUCGUAACAUUAAAUACCAAGGCUUAAUUUUUUUACAAGUAACGAAAAAGACUAGAAAUGACCACGAUCUAAAUUUCGGGUCAGACUGUAGACAACGUAUGUAUUUAUUUUUUUGUAGCGCCCAGGACAAAGAAAACGUGAGAAAAGCUUAAGAUACAUAGUAGUUAUAAGCUAACAUAAAGCACGAAAAAAGCCCAAAAAUGUUAGAGCGCAGCGUAGCCUAGAGAAACCAAAAAAUAUGAACUGAAAUACAUAAAUAGAAAUCAGUAGUGUUGCCAAGAAUAUAUGAUUAAGGGAGUAAAUCUGCAUUUUUCUGAGUAGAAGAUGACUUAUAACGAGGCAGCUGGGAGGAAUCAAAAGAUGGUGUAGCGAAUGUCCUUUUUCGCUGGAACUGACUCAGGUUACGGUUAGAUUUAAAUGUUCUUCCCCAAGUAACUAGGGCAUAUGGUAUUUACGGAUAUAUGAGGUUGUAGAAAAGCUGCUUUCAUUGCAACAGGAGUAGAAAAGGACAUAGUAAAGAUGGCAGUAUUCGGUGAUCGUUUACAGCAAGGAAACGACAAGCAAUAUUUUCAAAAUGAUUGGUCAUCAAAUAUAAGACCUAAAUAAGACCUAAUUUUAAUUUUAUCGGAGUUAUCAGUUAUAUCGGUACUAGAAUUUUUGAUUUGCUUCAGGUGUUAAAAUUUGCAACGAACAGUUUAACGUUUCCGAAACAUAAGUACGGUUAUUAUAUUUGUGGCUUUAGACGGAUAAAUUUGAAGCGAUAUUGUUUUAAAACUACCCUCAGAAUUCCGAAGAAACAUUUCAAAUCGACAGGCAAAUAAAGAGUUAUAAACUAGUAAACUUAACCGCUUAUAAAUUAAGUGAUUCAGCUUGCUUUCACUGGAAACUGUGCAAGUUUAAAAAGCGGCUGAGCAGGCGACGAGGGCACAAUGCGGAAUAGCGCCGAUGCCUAUUUUCGAUCCCUUUCGUAAACUGUGGAAGCCACGAUUGGUAACCAAGCCUUUAGUCACGACAAGUGUAGUAUAUUCCCAGGGUUCAAUUUAAUAAAACUUUUGCUAGUGUAAUUUAAAAGUGUAGCCAUUGUUUUAGCGUCAGAAAACAACAGCUACACUGGUAAAUUCACUUUUAGAAGUUUUAUUAAAUUGACCCCAAGAUUAAAUUUAUACAAUAAAUCAAAUACCGUGUCGCAGAAAUUUUUGCGGGAGUUUAUUUUUGCGGAUUGGCGAUUUUUUUUUUGUGUUUCGCGGGAACUAAUUUUCCGAUUAGGACAGAUUGGUUUUCUUGCUGAGAAUUAAUGUUUGCGAUUUUUAGACUUUUCAAAGUACGCAGUACCUAGCAUUGAUAAUAUUUUCGUUUUUAUUGAGUACGUGCAAUAUAAAUACAUAUUACCAUUAUUUCGUUGUAUACCGUUUUGUUUCUGAAUGAAAGAGAUAAGUUGUGAUUGAACACGAUUUCGUAGUACUUUAUUUUUGUGUAGCGAAUCAAAGUUAGAGAAAUUUACUCUGGAGUAAAUUUUUGCGAGAAAAAUCAGGGUUUGCGGUAAUUUUUAAUUGGGGGAACUUACUUUUGCGGAUCGCUGGAAAAAUCGCAAAAAUUAGAACCCGCAAAAAAUUUCGUGCCACACGGUAUAUACCUAAUUCAAUUAAGGUUGCUUUGACCAUUGGGCAUGGGAAUAGCACAGCGUACAAAUGACGUCAGAGUGACUAAUUUGCAAUGUUUGUCUGACUUUUGUCAUUAGUCAUUCAAAUAACAAAUAACAAAAGUCAGGCAAACAAAAACAAGGAAUUUGCUAGUUAAUUCCAAUUUGUUUGUGUGGAUAGUCUAAAUGCGGUAAAAUAUGCGCUUUAACCUGAUUAGUCCAAGUUGCCUCAAAUUUAAUGGAUCUUGUUUGCUCUAUUCCACAGUGAAGGUCCAUAAAUCGAAGGAGGCUGUUUUCUUCUUGUAAAACAUGAGUUGUUUAAAGCUAUCUACACUUGGAAAGGUUUUACUCUUCUGCUGCAUUUUAACUUUCAUCUUCCUCUCCGUGUAUUUAGCACACGUGGCUCGGAUAGAUAUUACUUCCCGACCCCUGCUCGACAAAAACUGUAAAAUUAACAGCAGCCAAAACACCAGUGGACCACCGUUUACGGAAACCUCAAUAACGCUAUUUGUAAGAAUGUCUGGCAGUAAACCAGAUCACAGGUUUCGUUAUUACUGUCAUUUGUUCAGGACUUUGGUUCUUUAUUGGCCUCCUUCAUUUGGAAAGAUAGCUAUAGUCCUUGAUGAAGAAGGAAAAGAGGAUCACAAAUUUGCCGCAAAAGUCAGGCGUGAAAACAAACGUUACUUUCCUGAUUACAAGAUAGCAAUAGCCUUUGAGGCUCCUCCCAAAAACAAUAGCACAUUGACAGGUAAAGUUCAUCGCAAGGGUUACAUUAGGCAACUUUGGAGCAGUUUCUUCAUUGAUCAGUAUACAAACGAUUCCAUAAUUGCUUGGAUGGACACUGACACUGCCUUUCUCACCCCAGUAACCAAUUCUACAGUUUUUGCCGGCACGAAGUUACGGGCUAUGGCCUCAGAUAACACGUACGGCAGGUUUUGGGUUAAGCACUGGAUAAUAACAAAUGAAAUUGCUCUAGGAUUGCCCUUCGUUGCUGAUUUUAUGAUUUAUUUCCCGGUAUACAUUUACCGGGAUACCUUUACGCGCUGCAGAGAAUACAUACUGAAGAGAUUCAAUUCCACUGAUCUUGAAGAGGUCUUUCCCAAGUUCUACGAAACGAGGGGUAAAGCACAGUGGCUGGAGGUGUCCCCUGUAAACAUUGUACUCAGUUAUGCUUGGUAUUUUGAAAAAGAUCGCUACGACUGGAGUUUUGAGAUCACCAGUAACCUAACAAAAUAUAAUAAAAAGUUUCCAAAAGGCCAUGCUAUUGGACCUGAACAUACAAAACCUAUACUGUCGGAACCUCAAACAGCCUUUCAUACUUACAAAACAAAGGGCACGACGUGGUUAUGGUCAAAGAUUCUUGUCAGUUAUUGCUUGUCACACCGAGCAGCGGGGAAUAAGGUACAUAUAUGCACCAAUCAUACCGCUGCGUUCAAGGAUAAUUUGCCUCUUUUCAACUAUGAUCUUCAGUUUAUUACCGAUCCUAAUAAAAGCCCAUGUAAUACCGGCAACAAUAACUUAACCUGUUUGCGAAUUCUAGAGCGUCAUUAUAACCAAGUUGGUGUUGAGGUAAAAAAGGGACGUAAGUUGGAAUGGAGCAAUAUGAAGAUUGUUGAACAGUUUGCUAAGAACUCUGGUAUUAAAUGUAACACAAUAUAGAAUUAGACGUAGUCAAACAAGCGAUGUUCGCAGGAGCAGAAUAAGUGUCUUUCACAUGGUUUACUCAUCAUUUGUUGAUUGGUUGAUUCAGGGACGUUUUUUAGGGGUCUGGAACUUUAAUUUUAAGAACUGCUACUAAGGAUAAAACAUGAUUAAAAACAGUAAAUGUACUAGCAGCCUCUAACUCAAAUUACGCAGCAUCCAAGGUAUCCCAGAAACUGGUAAUUCUCUCAAUAGUGAGACGUCUAUUAACAACUGAAUCUACUAAUCGUUCGUAUAAAUCCAUGGUGUUACCGCUUCUGGAGUACUGUGACGUCACCUGGCAUGGCUGUUGUUACGAAAAUAAGUGGAACACUCGAACUCCGUACGUAAAUCUUAUCUUUAUUCCAUAAAGGAUUCCAUGUUCCGAGUAGAUCUAGAUCCAAAUAAAUCAACAACCUGAACUGCUGUGUCAAAUCCAAUUUACAAUGAAGUCAGAGUAGUUCCAAACAAAUUCAAAUCCAAUCCCGUAAAUCCUACGCACCAGUUAGGUUUUCUAAAACCAAAACAUAAAUCCACUAUGAAUUCAGCGUUCAAAAGUUCGAAGUUAACGUCCAAAAUACAAGAGGAAAACUUACCUACUGUUUUGAGUUCCAUAAGCAAAAGGCUUCCACAAUGACAAAACUCACAAAGUAUUAGAUUUCAAAACACUAACGUGGUUUCAUGGUAACUACGGAAUAUGUGCGCAGCGGUGGUAACAGCUGUGGUCUUUAGAACAAGCAAAAGAUCGAACGUUUGCAAAGAAGAGCUAGCCGCAUUGUUCUCAAGAACUCUCGGGAACUGACAAGCGAAGCCAUCAUCGAACGACUCGGAUGCCGCUAUUCGAUAGACGAGAUGAACAUAUUGAAGAAUAAGAUAAUAAAUGUCUUAAGGGGACUGUUCCCGAUUUGUUCAAGGGGUAUUUUAACAUCAGACGCUAUCAGGCUAUGGCAUUCAUUCAUACAUAUAACACUAGGUUUGGCCAGAAUCUUUUUGUGUUAUAAAGGGGCAAUUACUUUUAACUCAUAGUUUCUAGCAUUUUUUAACAAUGUGCUGUUUUUAGAACCUACCAUCCAUAUAAAGUUUUUCUUUCUUCUUCUUAUUUUUGAGCAUCUUUAUUUUUUAGCUUCAUUAUGUUUGUAAUAUUAAUUAAUUAUUUCACAGGGCCCACAUUGAUAGCAGUUACAUGUAUUUAACUGGAGUGGUUACCCUGUAUAAAUAAUUUAUUUAAUUAUUAUCAUAAAGAGAUAAAUUCUUAAGCGUUUACGACUGGGCCUUUGUAUUAUCGCACACCAGUCCAGUCUCUAUAUAGUUUAGUUUCAACCAAGAACAACACCCUUUAAUGUACUAUUAAAAAAAAAAAGAACAUCUGGUUUUGUACUGUAACAAUGACUGCGGUCACAUCUACAACGUACUAAAGUUUAACUUAAGUUAGUGUCAAGUUAGGUGACGUCAUACCUAACUGUAGUUAGUGCCUUCGGUCGACAUUGCGGUCACACCACGCAGUUAACAACAGUUAGUGCUAAUUAGCCUAUGUAAAUUUUUUGUUUGUUGUUUUUGGUUUCCCCCUCGCUUUACGCUUGGUUUUUAUUUUGCGUAUUUAUAUAUGCUCAUCUCGCACGUAC